CAGUUUAAGAGGAACGGACUUGGGCUAUCCUCCUCUAGAUGGUAAUGGUCCUGUUUGUAAGUUGUUUUGUGAAUGCCGACAAAAUGCAUGGAUUAUCUAAAUGGUGUGUUAUUUUAAUAUGGAUGGUCUCAUUUACAGUAGUGACAGGCCAAGAUUGUAACAUCAGCAAUUUCAACAAUGGCCAAAUAUCUAAUUUAAAUAUUGACAUUGUGGGUAUGGAGGAAACUUAUUCUAAUGAAAAGCAGAUCAUAGUUCCCUGCAAACACGGGUUUACUGGAUUCUUCAAAAUAAAAUGCAGUGGUGGCGUUUGGAUCAAAGUCCUUGGUGAUAAAUGUACAGCCAAAUCAUGUGGUCAUCCUGGCGAGUCCCUGAAUGCAGACUUCACGCUGGUUUCAGGCACAGAUUUUGUGUUUCCAUCUCAAGUGCAAUAUAAAUGCCACGAAGGCUACAUAAUGGUCAGCCGGAACCCCUACCGCAGAUGCUUGGACCAGGGUUGGAGUGGGAACACACCUACUUGUGAAGCCAUUAAGUGUCCAGAUAUUACCGUUGAUGAAAAUGUUCUCGUGACGGGUAACAGGUUACAGUCCUCCUACGGAAAUGUGCUUCAGUUUGGCUGCAGAAACAGAUUAUUGGCUCUCUAUGGGCCGUUACAUAUUCGCUGUGAAGGAAAUGGCCAGUGGAAUGAAGGACCACCAACAUGUGAUGAAGUGAAAUGUAAAGUGCCGGACAUUGCCAAUGGUAGAGCACAUAAUACUGAGUAUGCAGAAGGUCAGCAUCUGACAAUUACUUGCAACCCUGGAUAUUCACCCUCAGGAAGACGACCACAAUGUGUAAACAUACGCAAGAGAGCUGGAUGGAGCCAAACACCUCUUUGUGAAAGAGUGACAUGUCAACUGCUGCAUGAGAGAGGAACCACUUAUCUUGAUGUAAAUAAGAACCAAUUUUUACCUGGAGAAAACGUUUCGGUGAAAUGCGCCCAAGGCCACUGGUUUUCCUUUAAUGAUCAGCAAACCCAGAAAACAAUUACUUGUACAGAGAAUGGGACAUGGAUUUCAGCUGGGGUCAUUUUGAUGGGGCCAUGCCAAGUGAUCAGAUGUCAGGAUCCAAAUGACCCUAAUUUGAAAGAACGGCUUCAAAGUACACAAUAUGGUGGAUAUGCAUACUACCGGUGCAAACAAGGCUUCAGGCCAACUGAUUAUACUAGAGCUAAAUGCACGGAAAACGGAUGGACACCAAACCCACUCUGUGAAGCGACCUCCCCAUGCAAUUUACCAAAAAGAGUAGAGAAUGCAGUUAUUACUGACAAGAAACGGGUGGUCUACAGGGAUGGUGCCAGAGUAACCUACAAAUGCCGUACCAAUUACAGAAUGGAAGGAGAGAGUAUAAUUAGAUGCCAACGUGGUCAAUGGGCUCAAGGAACUCCUACUUGCAUCCCGCCCUCCCCAUGCAAUUUACCAAAAAGAGUAGAGAAUGCAGUUAUUACUGACAAGAAACGGGUGGUCUACAGGGAUGGUGCCAGAGUAACCUACAAAUGCCGUACCAAUUACAGAAUGGAAGGAGAGAGUAUAAUUAGAUGCCAACAUGGUCAAUGGACUCAAGGAACUCCUACUUGCAUCCCUAAUGGAGCUGAGCUGGAGAAGGUGGAGCCUACUGUCGUGUCUGGGUCCAGUGCAACAACCACCGCAGCUAAUGGAGCUGAGCUGGAGAAGGUGGAGCCUACUGUCGUGUCUGGGUCCAGUGCAACAACCACCGCAGCUAAUGGAGCUGAGCUGGAGAAGGUGGAGCCUACUGUCGUGUCUGGGUCCAGUGCAACAACCACCGCAGAUAGCGGUAGCGAAAUAACUUGUGGGGAUCCGCCGUCGCUCCCUGAUGGAGCAAUCCAUGGACAUUUUAAGGCACCCCACAAGCACGGGGUUAAAGUGAAAUACUCUUGUGGAAUUAACUUCACCAUUGAGGGAGACGUCAAGACCUGUGAGAAUGGACAAUGGACCGGAGAGACUAGAUGUCUUGAUAAUGGAGCUAAGCCGGAGAAGGUGGAGCCUACUGUCGUGCCUGGGUCCAGUGCAACAACCACCGCAGGGCCGUGCACCGUGGGAAGAGAGCAGUUGCGAACACAUCAUUUCAAAUUCCUUCGAAGCCUUAAAGAGUUGUACUUUGUUCACGAUGAAAAGCUUACAUUUGUUUGUGAAGAUGGAUUCGUACACGUCCCACCCAGAAUUACUAUGGUCUGUGUCAAUAGAGAAAUUGAUUUGCCUACUUGCACAGGGAUUUAAAACAAGUCAAUUAAAUAAACGACUUAAGUAAUAUGA